UGUGGUUUGGUCAACAUACUUCAGCCACGUUGACUCAUCGCCUACAGUGAUAAAUGCUAAUUUUUUUGACGUGUUGGUCAUUGCAUUAAAGGACAAGGAGGAGGUAGUUUUAAGGCGCCGUGUGAGUGCCUCAGGUGUUGGUCAUGGAAGUCUUAGACUGAUGAAGUGGACUAGUAGUGUCUGGAGAUGUCUAGUCGGGCCCUCCUGUGUGUGAAUAAGUGAGACGAAGUGCCGUGCCAACAGUGUGAGGGAGCGGCGAGGGGUGUUGCUGACCUUGGCCACGGCACCUGGCACCUUUGGCACCAUGGCACACUCUCCAGAAGAUAUCCAGAACAACAAUUUUCAGGUCGAACCUGACCCGGUGACCACCUCGCCCUCCAUCACCGGCAUUAACAUCAAUGAACCGGUCACUUCGACGUCUGUAUUUACCAGUUCCUCGGGUCUGGCACAAAUUGUUGCCAAAAAUCUGGAGAACAUGACAGAUGACACGGCGCCGAAUAGCUUGGGCAGCAUUACUUACAACGACGAAUACCUCGAGGACCCGAUGCCAGACUUAACUUUUGAGACUCUUAGAAUUCCAGAAGAGUAUGGCGACCCCUCUUUAGGAUACGAGUUUGUCAAUCGUGUUGAGUCAGGCGGGCUGGACAACUCUGAAGCCCUCUUGAAGCAACUGGAAGUGUUGGGUGUAAGAGUCAAUGAAGAUUACAUUUCGCUGGACUUCGACUUGACUACUUCGCGCAGCGCCAGCGUCAGCAGCGUGUCUGAGACCGGGAGCGCGGGAGACGACCACGACCUACCUUCCUUGGGGCUCUUGGAUGCCUCUGCCUGUCGCAGGACCUCACCAAGUCAACCAGUAUUGGCCUCCGCACGUCACAGAGAACACUAUUUUGAAAAGCUGGCGAGAUUACCGGAGGACGAGAGAGAUGAAGUGUUUUCCGCCAUAGAGGAAAUGGACCACGAGGUGGCCGAGGCAGAAAUCUUACCUUCAGGCGGUGUUAAAGUAACGUAUGAGAACUACAGGAAGGAGUACCGCCCGAGGAUCAGUCCCCACCACAACUUCUUGAAGUUCCUGGAGACGGUACACAGUGGGGCUGCGACGGAGGACGCAGUCGAAGUGUUCCCCGAGGCGUCUAGCCCGCCACACACCCUGGAAGCUCGCUACAGGCGGGCACUCCUAGCCUUCCAGAGAGGACUCUUGAGAUCAGACCUCAGAGUAAGAAACCUCUCCACGCUGCCCAGCAAGUAUGCUCAGAAGCUGCGCAAGUUUUUAGCUGAAGAAGUGAGCUACGAUGCUGUCACUCCCGACAGUGGCGUCCAUGAUACCUUCAAUGCCCUCUCUCCUGAAGAGCAGGAAAAGCAGAGAGAAGAAUGGAAGUCAGAGCUCACUAAGACUGAAGAGGAAAUCCAGACCCUUCGACAGGUGCUGGGUUCUAAAGUAAAACAUGCACAGGAUCUCAAGCGUAGGCUUGGAAUUACUGUGUGGCGCGAGUUUACCGAGGACUUCAAUAAUUCGAUGAAGACCGUCCGCGAAUCUCAAACCACUCAAUAUGUCCAAAGUUUACCUGUGGUGCAGAAAGCUAACGAAGUCAUCACAGACAUACAAGAGGCCGUCUCCUCCGCGCCACUGUAUAGAAGGAUGUCUGGAGCUUUUUCGGACCUAGGAGAUGCCAUAUAUCAGCAGCCAGUGUACCAGAAGACUGCUGGGGCUAUGAGCGCCGUUGGGGAGAAGACCUCCUCGCUCUUCGGUGGUAUCGGCGCCAAGUUCGGCCAGCUCAAGGAAACGCCAACAUUCAAAUCUUUCGAGGAGCGUGUAGGAGGCGUAUAUUCUGCAGCACGGACUCGUAUGGGAGGCUCUGGCUCCAACUCGACUCAAGACUUUGAGGAGGCUUUGAAGGAAGCUGAAGGUGAAAAGGCAGCCCUGGAAGCAGCCAACGGUGGCACCGUACAAUCCACUACACCCGGAACUGAAGUUAGCCAGCCGGCUGCAUCUUAAAGGACCUACCCUUACUGCCACCUCCACUACCACCUGCACUCUGCCACCCACUGCACUCCAUCACCACAAUAACUCGAGUUUAUAACAUUUUCUAGCUACAGUGGCUCCCUUAGUCCUUUGAUAGCCCUCAUCAUUCUCUAAUACAGUAAAUAUUUUAUUUUUCAGAAUAGUUUUAUGAAAUUUAAUGCUAGUGGAUUUUGCGAGUUUAAUGAAAUAUUUUUACUAGAUACGAAUGUCUGAUUUUGGGUGUCCACGUGGCAGCACUUUAUAGUGUGCUCUAACUUCCACUCUUGGGGCGCCAUGUCUGACUGUGGACGAGACUUUAGGUCGCCCAUCGAACAAAGCUUUGAGAGGUUAGGGCAUAAUUAUUUUCAAAGAAACAAGCUUUCUGAUAAUAGAUUAUAAUUUUAUUCCUAAGCAUUGUAUACUGGAUAUUCAUAGUCAAUAUUGGCUGUUGGGUGUUUCAGAGAUGACAUUUAAUUCAGACCGACUGACUGACUGAUUGCAGAGUUGUGGUUUGAGCUCUGUAAAGUUAUUUAUAGCAAAAGUUUAAUUGCCUCUUUUUAGCAUCAUGUUUAAAUCUUGUGUAUAAUACUAUAGUAUAUAUAUUGGCAUCACAUUCUUUAAUAUAAUGCAUAUUGGUAUUCUAAAAAGUAUUUUGUAAAAUGAGCCAAUUCCUUUCUUGGAUAUAGAAUAAUUUGUUAUUAAGGCAUGUUUGUGUUGAAUAUCUGCAGUCAUAAGGAUAUUUCUACAUUAUGGUGCAUUCUCUACGUGAAUAAAGGUGUAGGUGGUUUAGGUAUUAUUCAUAGGCUGCCUUGUUAUAAUGCUGUAGCACUGAGUGAAAAUUGUUAAAUCAAGGUCAGAGUAUUUAAGUUAUUUGAUAUCGAGAUAAGCUUCAUAUAAUUUAAGCAGAUAAGUUGGCAUUAGAAUGUUGUGUGUUAUUCAUAUCAUAGGAAUAUUGAUAAAGUAUAAAUGUUAAAGGAGAUGUGAGGAUUAUGGAUAUGCCCCUGUAAUCUCCAGUGAUGAUAAUUAUUGGAUAGUGUGAACAUUAUAUCGUAGGUUCUCGACUACUUUUCCAGGAACGUAAUGAUUUGAAUUUUAUAGUGGGAUACUGUAUAGAUGAAUUAUAUUCUUUAUACUUUAAUAUGUUUUAACCUUUAAAAAUUCCCACAUUAAUUUUUCAGUGUGUUGAUCUGUAUAUGUAAUUAUGUGAAUGAUCUGCUGCACUAGGUUUAAGCGUGAUGCAUUAAUUUUGAGAUGGGGUGAUCUUUCCUCUUGUGGCUUGGUCAAACAAUAUCAAUAGUCUACUUUUUUGUCUAUGAAAUAAAAAUACAAACUUUGAGGUGCAAUACAACAGUGUAUGGCUAUGAAGGAGUGCUGUGUAAUCCUUCCACUGUAUAUAGAGGAUGUAAAGAGCUACUUACGUCCAUACACUGACGGCAUUUCCAAGUGUUUACGUCACUUCCUUUUGUAGGCAUAAAAGUCGACUUUUCUUGGUGUUGUACCAUACAUGAGGUGUUCCCAGGGAGUCUUUUUGAAAACUUUGUAGUUGAAUACCAUAAAUGAGUAAUCCUCAACAGUAUAACUCUGUGACAUUCCCAUGAUAGAUUGUAGUGAAGACUCCAGGUCUGCAUGAGAUUACCUUGUAGAAUGAUGAAUUAUAAUUAGAAUGAUGAAUUCUAAUGUUUGCCUUCAUUGUUGGGUAAUUGCAUAUGUAAACCCAAGUAAAUGAUUAUUUUUAUCAUAAACAAAAUAAUUGUCCAGUUAAGGUACAGAAAGUUUUCCUUUUAGACUAAUACGUACUGUACUGGGUUAUUUUAGUUGUUUGGCUAUGUUUUCUAUUAGGGUGCGGACACUUACCAACUGUUUGUGUAAGUUGGCAGUGACGUGCAGGUCAGUUUUAAGUGGUCAUGUGGGCCUGGAGUUGCCAUGUCAUGUAUUGCUUGUGGAUGUAGGGGAACAAGAGAUGGUUGUUGUUUUUGCUGUUGUAUUCCCAGUUAUUUGAAAUGUAGUUAUACACUAAAA